CCUCCUCUAUAACAGGCUGGAGCACAGCCUCAGGCACCAGAAUAAGAGACACUGCCUUGCUCAGAUCACCUGGAGAACACACACUCACACACACAACUCACAUCACAUCACAUAGCCUCUGGAGUCCUGGCUGAUUAACUGUAAAUGAGUUCAGUGGAGAUAAGAAGAGAGAAGACGAGGAGUUUGUUUGUUUGUUUUUUGUCUUUUUUUUAAGGAAGUGACACAUUUUGGAGAGUUGAUUUGGUGAAAUUUAAAUAUUUCCUCAACGAAAAGAAGACAUCAACAUCUGGGGGUCAGUGCUUGAUUGGUGCUUGGCUGGUGGUUGGUUUGAUUUCAUAGCAGCCUGGACACUGAACUUUGUCAGUCUGAGAGGGCAGAAGCAAGAGGCCAGUCUGAGCAAAAGACAUUGCUGUUGGGAGAAUUGCAAGGAUGUUGUGUUCAAGGAGGAUUCUGCAGCAGUGGUGUUUGGCUGUGUUUUUAUUGUGUUCUCCCGUACCCCACUACGGCAGGCCCCUCGACGCCCUCAGCAACAGAAUGAAGCGGUCAGUGACGCAUGCCCAGCUGAUGCAUGACAAGGGUCGAACGCUGCAGGACUUCAAGCGGCGCAUGUGGCUGCAGGAGUUGCUGCAUGAAGUGCAUACAGCUGAGCUCCGUGAAGUGCAACAGCGUGGCGGAGUCAGCGGCGGAGGUGGGGCUAUCAGUGUCGGAGUUCCCAUGGGUGCAGGCAUGGGGAUCAGUUUGAGCCCAGGCACAGCUAACCCUAAGCCCGCUGGUGGCACCAAGAACCUGCCAGUCAGCUUCAACCCAGAAGACGAGGAGGGCACUAACCUACCGCAAGAGACCAACAAGUCACAGAUAUACAAAGAUGGAGCACCCAAGGCUGGGAUGAAGAAGAAGAAGAAAGGAAAAGCAGGAAAACGGAGGGAAGGAGAGAAGAGGAAACGGCGAACCCGUUCACUGGACAGGCUGGUGGUUAUCGAACCAGACAACGGCUUCCACAUGGAGCAGCGAAUACACACGGCCCAGCAAGCAGUGGUGCACUAGAACACUGUCAGCCUCUGACAACGAUUCAUAAGGACAUUAUACAUGGACACCAAAAUGCUCAUGUUGCAGUAUUCACUGUAAUGGUGAUAGUCAGAAGAGUUGAUAGCGAAAAAAAAUAUUUAUUUUAUGUAAAUAUUCUCAAUUAGUGAUAAACAAAUAUAAUAAAGAUAAUGAUGAAACAUUAUCCCAUUGCUCUGUGGGGCUAUAGAUUUUGAUCUUUGUGAAUACUUUGCUUUAUUCUUUUUUUUUCUUGUUUAUAUAU